GAAAACAAUGGAGACUUACUUGUCGGCCUAGCAAAUCGGCCCAUGGCCAGUCCACCCACAGCCCAACUACAUUUCCCUAGCCAGCCCAUCCAGUCUUUUCACGCCCGCGGCCCGCCUGACUGCGUGCACCGCGUGCCCGCGCCUCGCCCUUACACCGACGGGGUCCCACAGGACAGCCACACCGUGCGCCCGCAUUCGCUUCCACGUGGGACCAGUGCGUCGGAUGGUCAUCCACCUCGAGUCGGUACGGACGGAAGACAGUUAGCGCAAUUCCGGCCGUCCGGGUGAGCUCUCCACCGAUUGUGGCCCGGCCGGACUCUUCCCUGGGGAGUAUAAAAUCUCGGCUCCCGAGAUCCUAUGACCAGCACGCGCGUUCGCAAAAUCCACCGAGAGCACCAUCGUUCACCACCAAGCUGAGAGAAGAGAAGGCGGAGGGAGAUCGAAAACAGGCCGUCGCCAAUUCGCCAUGGGAAGCUCGGCUGCAUGGUCGUUCAGGUCACGUGUGGUGGUCGGAUAUCUUCUUCGGAGCACGCUGGAGAAAAGGGUGUCCCCGGCGGUCACGAUUGAUGGACUACGGGAAAGGAAUUCCUUACCGGAGCUACUCUGCAUGGUCCGGAGGAGAACAGGUGAGUGUAAACUCAUGAAUGUCUGGUCAGGUGACCGUAUUUCCACACAAAAGAAACAAAGUGCAGCUUUGACAGGCGUUCCGUUCACCCAGCAGCCGAAGCGGCUCCCAGCGACGGGGCGCGUGAGCAGCGCCUCUUCUUUUCGUCGCCGCUGCGACAGGAUCGGCCAGCGCCUUCAAUUCAAUUCAAGGAGUGCGACAAGAGCAGAGGCGUCGUCCGCUUGACCCCAGACCGGACCCCCACUGCGCUGCCUGUGGGCUGUAGCCGACUGCCCAACAAAAAGCGCAGGACAUUUCACAAUCGGAUUCAGCAGAGGCCAGCUUAUCGUCGUAUUGUUGCUCAUGCCUCGUCAAUUCUUGUCAGGAUGAGGUUCAGCGUUGCCAAAUGUCAACAGCCAUGUCUUGUGCCCUAGCCCUAUGAAUAAUUAGACUCUCUCUGUAUUUUUUUUAACCGAUAUAAAUUAGAUUUUUUAA